ACAGGACCUGAAGGAGGAUCAGGAGCUGACCAACUAGACACAGUCGACUGAACGACGUCUUCAGUGCGGGGGUCGUGUGCUUGACCCAUUUUGUUGUUCAUUAUCUCCAAGAACAGUUGAGGCACUCGUUUGUACUCAAAAUUGAUAAGAUCCAAUGCCAAUUGAUUUCCUUGCCUCCUUGGACAAUGUUGAAAGUUUUGAGGCAGAAUCGGGCGUUAAAGCUCUGAACAAGACCCACUUUUCAACCUCCCACCUAUCCGGAGGCAGAGAAACUAUUGCCUUUGUCACUGUUUUUGCCAUUUAUAAUCCUCCCCUGAAUAGUCUUGCUGAUGAUAGAUCAUCAAACUUGAUUACUGUCGGGAAUUCUUCAUAUGGUAAGGUGGAGAGGUCUAUGGCCCUGUUGAACAUCUUCAUUAACGUCAUUCAGGUGACAAUGCCCCAAAGCAACAUUGUUAUUCUUACCGAGCUAGUAUCUGACCUUCGCAUGCGCCGAAAUAGGGUCACCGUUCAUCCAGUUCAAGGUGAAUAUUCACGAGAUAAGUUGAUGCUUCAAAGAAUCAGGUCUUAUAUUGCUUAUCCAGAAACAAGGCUUGGGGAGCUUUCUCAUAAGGAGCAUGUCACUCAUUACAUCUUCACUGACUCAGAUAUAGCAGUGGUUGAUGAUCUAGGACAGAUAUUUCCGGAUUAUUCAAGUUUCAACCGGCUCUCACUUCUGGAACAACAAAGCACAGCCUUUAAAUUCAGGAUUCAUGGCAGUGAGGGGUACCACUGAUGGGAUUGUGAGGUACACUAAGGAAUUAUCUUUGUUUUCUUUCUUUUAUUCCUUGUAUGAUCAGUUUGGCUGCAACUAAAUGGCGAAAAAUGUAUAGAUAGGAAGCUGAAAUCUGGAACUUGAUAAACAGCACGAGUCAGUUGCAUAAAUGAUCAUAUCAAUUAAUCUGGGAAAUUCUGGGGUAGGAAGGUUUCAAUCAAUUUUUUUCUGUCAAGUGGACGAAUACCUACGAUUUGGAGAGGAUUGAUGACACAUACUCUGUUCAUUGUCCAGUAGUGCUCUUCAUAUGGGAGGACUACCUUUGCAUUUCGCGUUUAGCAGCUGCAACAUUACUUUGGAGAUCAUAGCCAGUACCACCUUCAGCCUUACCAUUGAUGGCAAUUGUUAUUAUUUUUUCAUUUAUUGCCUUUUACCCUCCAGCGAACAACUGAUUUCCUCUUUUCUUUUAUUUCUCUUCAUUCUUCUUCUAUUGUUCUCCUUACCUUUCUUGGAAACAGGAGGAAAGAAUAAGAUGUGAGGUUGGAUGCAGGGCAAAGCUUUUUUUUACAAGUACUGAGAGUUUACAGUUCAAAGUACAUGAGUGACUCUUGAAUGCUCGGAGAUCAGUUAGCACUUGCAUGGAUUGUAAAGUCUGACCCUUCCUUUGACACAAGAAAAUUUACCAAACAGCAAGUUUUUCUAGAGAAAAUUGGUGGUGUCUUAGUAAUAUUUUUACCAUGUGCCAUAUACAAUUGGACGCCACCAAAAGGUGCAGGUCAAUUUCACGGCGUGCCCUUGGAUGUCAAGGUAUAUAUUGUAAUAUAACCACCAAUGUCCAAGAUCACCAGGUAAAUAUUCAUCAUACUUGAGUUUCAGUCUCGUAAGAAGAGAAGUAAGACAUGAUUUUAUCAUCUUAUACUGUCUUUUACGUCCUGAAUUCAGGUUCUUCAUUUUAAAAAAUCAAGGAAACGCCUAAUCUUCAAGUCUUGGAACUUCUUCCGUUCGUCUGCCAACUUAUCGGAUAUGUUAUGCCUCAUCUUAAGUAGUUGGAGAACAAAGUAUGAUUUUUGAAUUAGUUUUUAUGAUUUUUAUUGGUGGGAUAACCAAUUUCACUUGAGUCAGAAACUGGCAUAGAUUCAGUUUUUUCUGGCAGCAUAUGGAACUUUAAACAUAUGGGAGUUCCACUAUGGUUUUUGAUUUGUUGGAAACAACAUAGGAACCUAUGCUUCUCCUCGCUUCUUCUCUUGUAAUAACCUUUUUAAGUGUCUGUUCUCUAGGUUUUUUCAAAGGGAGAGGGAGGUGGUGAUGGAAUGUGAAGGUACCAUUGAUUUCAGGCAACGCUACCUUUCUUAAAUGUUAUAAUGUGUUCUUUCUCGUCGCAAUGCCAUCUGGUGCAUGAUUGAGCUCCAAUUUUUUUUUUUUUUUUUGCUUAAGUUGUAGGAACUCGUUGGCUAAGGUGGUAAGGGUAAGGGUCUUGGUCUUCACGACCCUUGAGUGCAAAUAAUUUUAGGCCCCGUGUAUCAUUUUGAGAAAGUGAUUAUUUAUCUAAUUCAUGUGAUGCAGAUACACUAAACGAAUUCAGGGUUUAAUCAGAUGAAAGAUAUGUUGUGUUUAUAUGGUUUCUGAGAUAUCUCGUAAUCAAAGAUGUCCUAGGAACUAGAAAUUGAUUCGACAAAGUAGCAUUAUGAAUUGGAAGGCAUAUAUUUAGAUGAACAGUUUGCAUCGUUUGACACCUUGUUAUAUGUUUAAUGCCUUAAUGGGCUUGCAUUGUGAACGGAGUCUACCAGGCUAAACUGGUACUCAAAUCAUGGAAGCCAUGACUAUUAAGUAUUCUCUACCUGCCUGUAAUGUACCUUUGGGAUUACCUAUUACUCUCUUGUAUAAAGAGGUUUAGUUUCUGUUAUGUAUUUCCAACAUCUGCAUUUAUAGGAA